CAAGGGAGCACCGAGGCAAGCUUUAUAUAUAUAUAUAUAUAUACACACUGUGUAAUAAAGUUGUAUGAGAGGGGCAAGUUAGCUGCAGCAUUCCAUUGGAUUACACCUGUCACACUGUUGCUCCUUACUUUUAGAGAUUUGUAUUCCUGUCAUUGGAUAGAUAUGACAGUAUCUCAAUUUGUCAUACAUUCCAUAUAUAAUUUUAAUUUAUAGGGUAGCUGGAUUUUAAAGGAUUUUAAUAUUCUGUUUGUUUAUGCCUGUAUUUAACAAUUCAGUAAUUGUAAGGUGUAAAAAAACAAAACAUUAAAAUGUUAAAAUCCACACCUCUUUAUCCUGGAAUGAGAAGUCUUCCUCUUGACCUCCGGUCAAUCCGUGUUAUAAGCUCUAUCCUUCUCACCUGGCAGUCCAUGUAGGUAUCCUACAGAGAAGAGAAAUUAAACCGUGCUUCCUUUCUUCUCCUCAUUUGUAUUGUUUGCCCUUUCGUUGCCUGACUGGAUUGUCAGUGUUUGUAUUUAAUGGUGUAAUUUACCAAGAAGUGACAGUUCCUCUUUAAGUAUGUUUAAUACUGUGUUUAUGUAAAAGAUUAUACAUUAGUUUUUUCACUUGCAGUUAGAAGACUGUGUAAUAUUGCAACAAUUUGUCAAUAUUGGACUUGUUUUAUUAACUUUUAACUACAUAUUAUAGGGAAGAAGAUCGUGCAAUUCUUGUUGAAUGUCAGCAGCAUGGACCAAAUGCAAAGACUUUUUUAUCUUUAUCCAUAACAAUGAAGAAGUUUCCAUAUCAGGUAAAUAUUGGAUAUAAUAUAAUAUGAUACUAGUAUAUGAUACUUUUUAUUUCAAAGUGUGUUAUGUGCAAAUUAAAGUUGUAUAAGAAUGUUAUGAAUAUGUACAAUGCUAACCUUUUAUUAGUUAAACAUUUUGUGGUUUGUGAUACGUGGCAUAUAUUCUAUAACAUAAACUUUUCAGUGAACCUAGCAUAAUUGACUUGCAGAAAGGCCGUGGCAGUUUUCAGUAGUGCAUUAGUUUAAGGAGUCACUGUUUUCUUUGCCUUCUUUUUUUAUUUCUAUUUCAUUCCCAUGCCCCAAUAACUAAUUUUUAUUCCACCAAUGCCAUUGUGGUAUGCGCAUCAAUAUCAGUUACUAUCGAUUCACAGGGUUAUUUACACACCGAAUUCCGACUGCAAUGACUAUUCUCAGAUUUACUAAAGCUAAAUACGGUAGGAAUUACCAGAUUUUACUAAUUACAUGACAUAAAGUCAUGAUUUUAUUAAUGACACGGAGGCGAGUAUUAGGCUUUAUCUCUUUCUUUAUUCCUCAGCAGCAACAAAAGGAUAUUAAGGUAUUAAUAUAAAAACAAAACAAAUACCCCUUAAAGGGUUAACCAUCUAACAUAUUCAACCAAUGGGAGCAGUCCUUGUUCCAUGUAGUCUCAUGUGACCGAAGCCACUCCCUCUUUUUUGAUUAUGCCGAAAAAGUCAACAAUAAGCGACCAACAUGAACAACUGACUCGACAUGACCAAGAUUCUAACUUCCAAAAGAUGCGAAGACAUGAUCCGCUGGUAGAGUGUUCUAGGGAGCAUUCUCCAUUGCAACCAAGAGAAGAAAAUCGAUCCAGAUUGACCCAUUGUAAAGGUUUAAGCUGUAGGAGCCAUAGAAAAAGAUGAAUAGGUCAUCAACAAAAAUUUUAAUAAAAUAAGAAUGACAAUAAUUAGAUAUACGGGCAGCUUCACACAAUGCACAAGCAUGUAAUAUAAACAGAAAAAAUAAAAAUAUGGUGUGCGUGCUCCUAACAACAAAAGGUGUCCAUAAGAUAAUAGUAAAAGAAAGUAUUUAAUGAUAAAAUACAAAAGGUGGCUAUUCGAUAAAAUGAAUUACAAAUAGCAACCUAAUAAUACAACAUCAGCUAUCUCUUAAAAACGUAGUUCUAAAUAGAUAAAGACAAAUGAAUCACAAUUCUAAUUAGCAACAUUCAGGGUACUAAUGCCGUACGAGCAACUAGAACCUGAAUGAAACAAAGUAUUGUGUUAGAAAAUGUGACAUUAAGAUCAAUAAAAUUCAAUGAGAAAAUACCACAGAAGUAAAGUAACAGGAAUCUGCUACGAUGUUGGAUAAUCCCGGAAGGUAUUCCACUUGUACCGAUAUGUUGCGAUUCAGGCAGAAGUGCCAAAAAUCUUUCGCCAGGUUCGUGAGUAUCGUGGAUCUCGUGCCACCCAGGUGGUUAAUGUAGCGGACAGCCGAGAUAUUGUCCAUGCGCAGUAGGAUGGAACAAUUGGUCGUGCCCCCGUGGAGGCUCCGAAGGACGAACGACCCCGCCAGGAGUUCCAGGCCAUUGAUGUAAAGCUCCUUUUCCUGUGAGGACCAUUUUCCACCUUUAGAGUUGGGUCCACAACGCACACCCACAACGUCGGAUUCUUUUUUUUUUUUUAUUUUUUUUUUUAUUCUUUUUUUUUGUGGUGCAUUCAGUUAAUACAGUCGCUUGUUGUGCCACAACAGCAAUAACAUGUAGAGUGGGUGACAUCGUUUAAACAGGCUUGUGUAAUAGAGAGGUACUGCACACUUUUUUUUUUUUUUUUUAACAGAUAAGUAAACAGGAUUUUCUUUUGGGCUUCAUAAAAACAAAAGGUUACUUUUCUUGGCUAACAGAUAAGCUUCGCCCAGUAGUCACAAUAAAAGUAAAGCAGGCUAGGACAUGGAAUUACAUAACUGAGCUAAACUCUUCUAUCGCAGUGUCUGACGAUGCAUGGUUAUGCUGUUAAUGUAAUUUUAAAUGUGCUAUGCUGGGUGAAAAUACAGUAAGAUUAAAAUAGGUAACCAGGGAGUACAGGCUAGUUCCUCAUGUCUAAGCUAUGGAGCUUAUUUUGGUAACUCAGAGAGGCUGGCUAGGUAUGAAGGUUAAAACACAAUAAUAAAAUGUCGCUUGUCAUAUUAAUGUUUCGAAAGUAUGGAGCCAUCUCUACAUGGCUCACUAAUUUUGAUGCAAUAUAUGUAUAAAUAGAGGUCGCGCUGGUAUUAGCUAAUAAGAUAUAGAGUCACUGGUAACCUUCUGUCCUUACGACAGCAACUAAAGAAAAAUGUUGUGGUUACUUGAUGUGGGUAGUUCACACAGCGAUGUCUGUAAGUGUGCCCUCCAGAUGCAAGUGAGGCAUGUCCACUUGAGGGGCACAGAAGUAGGCCCUUUAGCCGAUGCCCAUUACAUGGACGUGUCUCUUGCCGUCAACGUUUGACUCCUCGAAGGCGCCCAUGGACUGGGACACUCCGCUCCAGCCGCAGUCAGUGGAGUGUUCAGCUGUGCGGCUCCCCCGUUUGUGAUUGUAACUUGGAGGGACGGGGUCAGGUGAGUAGCUGGCAUGGGGAAGGCUGGUUUAGUGGUCUUGGUCUCAUUAAUGUGGGGGCAAGUGCGGUCGCCCAUGUAACAUGGCGUUGUUUCCCGCCUAUGAGAACGGCGUUGUUUGUGUAGCCUGGCGGCCUUUCUGGAUGUCUGUGGUGGGUGCCUAUAAUGGUGCCGUCGGGUCGCUGGGCGAAUCCAUGUAGCCACUAGUUUCGCUGUCCAGCAGUAAUCCAUUCCGCGUUCGCACCGCAUAGUACAUAGGCUCUCGCAGAGCCAGUCAAAUUCCCCUAGGGGGUGCGUGGCUGGUUGAGCGUAUGUGCUCCGCUUUUGGGGUCCUUGCUGGGCGGCCAUCUUAGCUCCGUCCCAGUGGCCUGGUGAUUGCUGGUGCUGUUCCAACUGUGUGGGACUGUCCCCGCUUUGGUUUUGCCGCUGUGUCUCAAGCUUUAAAUGCCGGGAUAUCCCUCACCGGCUGGGGGGGGGAGGGGGUAGCGUACCAGGGAGAACUCAGAGUGAGUGGCUGCAGGCGACGUGAAUAUCAGCCGCCUCCCUCGCUUUGUCUGAGUAGGUCUCGGAUCUAUCCCCGGUUAGAUGACUCAGAUUUGGGUCGGGAUACUUGACGCUUGGCUCUGCAUUUUAGUGCUCACUUCUGUCAUCUAAUUUUGCCCUAAUUUUGGCUGAUUAAGAGCAUUUUUGCGCAGAGCUUGUCUCAUGUGCAACCUCUCAGCAUGGCAGCUUGGCUCCGCCCCCCACAUCGGAUUCUAUGAUGAGAUCCGGGGUGGUUCCGAAAGAUUGCCCUGCCGUUCCAUGCUUCCAUGUGUUGAAGCCACCAGGCGAGUUCUUCUUUUGCUGAGCAAUCUAGUGGAACAGAAUUGGAAUAAGACUGACCCAAGCAUUGGGGUACUGGGAAAAUCGCCUGUAUGGAGGCUGAGUGAAGGGCGAUUAUCCUUGCGAGUUGUUGCAAGGUCAAGACCGGUCAUGCCAGCGUCCGCCGGAUUUCCUUCUUGAUGAGUUUCACUUUUGUGGUAGGUAAACGGAGCGUUCCGUGAAUUGCAUCUAUAUUGAAUCCCAAAAACUCCAUGGUGUGGGACUUGUCCCAGUUGAUUAAGAAACCUAGAUUUUGAAGGAGGGACAACACCCAAGAGAGAGUUGAUUCAGUAACUGGGUGUCGUGGGCCAUGAUUAGCAUGUCGUCGAGCUAUAUGAUCAUACGGACACCUCUGCUGUGUAGGAGGGCGACCACCGGCUUCAGCAACUUGGUGAAACAACAGGGGGCUGAGGACAGGCCGAAUGGGAGGCAUUGAAAGCGCUACAUAGUCUUUUCCCAUUGGAACUUAAGGAAGUGUUGACACUCUUCGGUGAUCAGAAUCGUGAGAUACGCGUCCUGGAGAUCGAGUUUGAGCAUCCAAUCUCCCAGUCUGAGGAGGUCCCAAAUGCAGUGUAUCCAUUCCAUCUUGAAAUGAUGGUACAUGACAAAGGCUUUGAGGAGUUGAAGAUUGAUUACUGAUCUCAUACCACCACCUUUCUUGGGUACCAGGAAUAUUAGAUUGUGCCAUGCAUCGAGAAAAUGGGAUAAUCUGCCCCCACAUAUGAUAGAGAAAGGGUGUGUGAUGGAAAAUAACUUGCCAUAAGGCAGACGGCCAUAGGAGGAUCCCCUUGUUCCACGGGGUUGCCACGACCUGCCCCUUGUCUGGAAGAAUGGUGAAGGUACUCUAGGUUCCGGAGGUUGGAACCUCCGUUGUGGCAGAGCCUCAAUAGCCCCGGUACGAAGUCCGGGAGGAGCGGCCGGAUAGACAGCCCCAAUGUCUGCCGGCCCAUCUGAAAACCUUCUGGGAGAACACCCAUUUUAUACUCAUUUGUCUAGUGCUGUGAAGGUACUGACAUACUUGCCCAGUUGUUUUACGAAAUCAUCUCCGAACAGGAGACCUUUUGCCUGUGUGCCAGGCACAGAUAUUGCAAGAUUUAGGAGUUUUUGCUCGAUUUUCAUAAGUAUGGCUUUACGCCGUUCGGUGGCGAACGCGGUGUUAGUGUUGCCAAUCAGGCAUAUGCACCUCUGGAUCCAUCCUCUGAUGGUCAACCGGUCUAUUGAUGUCCCCUCAGUCAGGGCUGCAUCGAUCAUGUUCAGUAUCUUGGCUACAGGCCCUAGUACAUCCAGGACUUUGUCCUGACAGUGUCGUAGGGACUAGUCUAGUCCCUUUUUGGCCUUCUAACCAGAUUUACCCAGAAAUUGGGCGAUCAUAGGAUCCACUUCGGGAGUAACACAGGCCAUGUCUGGGACCCGUAGGGUGUGUGCACUCUGCUCUUAGUUUACUCCUCAUGGCCUUAUCUAGGGGCUUUCUAACCCUAGUUGCGAUGUAUUUGGCCACAUUGUCAGUGGGGUACCAGUCAGUGAGCGAGGGAUAUGCAGGGCAUCAGGGUCAAAAAGGGGUUCCCUUUGAGGGUCUAAGAUGGUGGAUUCGUCCCCCUCCUGCCUAGCUUCUAUAGCUGGCGGCACAUUCGGGGGAAGAGUCCACCUAGUAAACCAGGUCGAUGGCAUCGGACCCAGAGCCAGAUGAUGAAGUGCUCCUUGCAAACAGGGGGCAGUACCCGUCUAAAUGAAACCUCAGAGCCAGUAAUGAACAGAGAGUAUAAAUGUGCAGCAAAAAUAAAUGUUAGCUUACCGAGUGUUCCCUCAGGAAUGGCCCCUGGGGAACACUCCUUGAAUGAGCGACGCAAGCGGCACAAAAAGUGCAGCAAAAAUGCCAGUCGCAAAAUGGCCGCCGCGAUGCGCUAAAUCCAAGGGAAGGAUAAACAUUCAACAAACGCACAAAGUAUAGCAUAAUACAAAAGUGAUUUAUUUAGAUAAAACUGAAGAUGACAUUUCUGUCAAAGACCAAACAAUUUAUAGCUUUAACAUCCAAGGUAUAAUGAAAGGUGAAGGUAUUGGCAGAAUACCAAGUGGCUGCUUUACAAAUGUUAUCCACAGUUGUAUUGGUUGCAUUUGCCCAAGAAUACGACACAGCUCUAGUAGAGUAAAGGCGUAUCCCUUGAGGAACUUGUGAUCUGUAUUCAUAUGUCUUGAAAAUCGCCCUUACAAUCCAUCGACAAAUAGAAGCACAUUGAUCUUUAUGGGAGUCAGAGGGAACCACGAAAAGGAUGUCUCUAUUCCUUAUAUCUAUCCAAAUAGAUCGAGAGACCGCAUGCCAUUCCUGUUUCUUUUGAGCAGAAGGAGAUGGGGAAAAAGUGGGAAGAACCAUAUCCUCAUUAAUGUGAAAUGACAUCACCACCUUCAGAUGAAAUUCAAGAAGAGGACAAAGAACAACUCUGACUGGGAAGAAGGAAAUAAGACUCUUGACAUUAAGGCUUGAAUCUCUGGUACAUUUCUGUCCAAGGUAAUUACCACCAAAACACACACACUUCAAAGUAAGUAAACUAAGAGACGCUUCCUGAAGGGGUUGGAAUGGAGUUUUGGACGAGACAGGAAGGACCAAAGGAAGAUCCUACUGAGGAUUAAAAGCAUUAAGAGCAGGUCUCUGUUUUUUUUUUUUUUUUUUAACUGAUGUCAGAAAUCUGGAGACCAUCGGGUUCAAGACUCAUUUAAAUCCAGACAUAGCCAAAAUAUUAGACACCUGAGCUCAGAGAAUAAUAAGAUUGUAAGAACUCCAGAAACAGAAGGUGAUGACACAUCAACAUUAUGUUGGUUACACCAGUCAUAGAGAACAGACCAAUUCCUGUAAGUCUUAUUAGUAGAAGAGGAUGUUGAUUGCAUAAGAGUAGACACAUCAGCUGAAGAAAAAUCUUGGUCUUCUAAUGCUUCCCGCUCAGUCUCCAUGCAGAGAUAUUGGGUUUCUGGGGACUGGUUUCAGGAUUCAACCGUGAACCAGAAGAUCCCGAAUUGAUGGUAACCUUUACAGGGAAACAAUCAAUGGUUUGUACACAAAAGGAAUUGUGGCUAUCACUACAGGACCUAUCACGCAGAUGCAUAAGCAAAAUCAAAGGAACAGUCUGCAGAUCCUCCUAAAACGAGAGCUCCGAAACAGGAGUCCAUUACAUUUGACCAACAAACUCCUGGAGGCAGUACAUCAACUGGUUAUAAGAAAAGGUUAUACAGGAGACUCCCAAGUAUCAGAGAUAAGAUAAAACCAGGGCUCGUUUAGGCUCCCAACAUACCACUGCUAUGAAGGGUAACUGGGGUCUUAACUGAGGAAACCUAGAGUACAAGUUAUCCUUCUCCCCCAGGAGAACAGAUCCAUACAGCCAAAGGAAAAGAAAAAGACUGAGGAUAUGCUGACCAAUGGGGUGUAUUUAAUUCCUGUCCUUAAAAGCCAGAUGGGCUGCCAUAGAUUGUCUACUACAAAGACUAAUGUUGCAAUCCUUCCACUUGAAACAAGCUGUAUGAGUUAGUUGAGUUAACCUUACCUAGAAAAUGUCACCACUGCAGUUCAAAGUGGAAAUUAUUUCACCAUGGGGACCGUAAAAUAAUUGCAGUAAAGCAACAACACUAGCAAAUGUGUUUAAAACAAUAGUGAAUGUCAAGGCAAAUAAUGGGAACAGAAUAACAAAUUGAAAAAAAUGCUGAAUCUAGGAUCCAAUAGGGCUGGGCAGACUGCAUACAAUACAUAUGUGUAGCUUUCAACAGUGACACAUGUGCAGUGACAGUACCCAAAUACAAGUCAAAUAUACAUGAAGAAAAUACAUGUUGACCACAAAAGACUCUAAAGGAGAUGCACGAAACAAGCAAGUACACUGGUCAAUCAAAGAAAUUUGACUUAAAGGAUAUGGAAAAAUGAGCACUAAAAGAUUGCCAAAAAUCACAACCUUCAUAAGAAUAAGUAGUAAUUUAUUUUUCUUAUGAAAAUUAGGCGAAUUCCAAAAAAAAAGCUUAAAAUGGGAACAAUCUGAGGAACACAAAAAUACAUGAUAUUGUUUUAGAUCAAUAACUGAAUUAUUCUCUAAAGUUUGAGUACUCGAAGUAUUAACAGAUGAGAAAUGCAAAAGGGCUUUGAAUGUUUAAUAAAAUUGAGUACAGUAAUAUUAACUUGCUUAAGUGUGACUUGUAAGGAAUUCAAAGCAAAUUGUUGUCUAAAAUAGCAUAGUUGGAGGCAAAAAUUUGCUUUCAGCUCAGCUUGUUAAAAUGUUAAAUUAAAGGACCACUUACCUUUUUCCAGCGCUGGGCGGAGAGCUCUCCUCCUCCUCUCCGCCUCUUCUCCUCCCCGUCGGCUGAAUGCGCACGCGCGGCAAGAGCUGCGCGCGCAUUCAGCCGGUCACAUAGGAAAGCAUUCAUAAUGCUUUCCUAUGGACGCUGGCGUGCUCUCACUGUGAAAAUCACAGUGAGAAGCACGCAAGCGUCUCUAGCGGCUGUCAGUGAGACAGCCACUAGAGGAAAUAGUUUCUCUGAAACUGCUAUGUUUAUGAAAAAAUGGGUUAACCCUAGCUGGACCAGGCACACAGACCACCUCAUUAAGCUGAAGUGAUCUGGGUGCCUAGAGUGGUCCUUUAAUUUUGGUUUCCCAAUAAUCUCAAUUUUUUGGAGAAUAAAUAUAUGCAUAUUUACUACAUUGUGCCUUCGUAUUUCCCAUCUGUUGUGUUUUUGUGUUUGUUUUUAACAAGCAAAUCACAGUUUAGUAGGUAUACCUCAAUGAAUACAUACAUGCACAGUUUAGUAUGUAUAACCCCACGAAUAUCCCUCAAGAUACACCCUCAUGAAUACAUGGCAUUUUUCAUGCCAUGUAUUCAUUGGGGUGUAUCUUAAAAUAGCUUGCAAAAAGCUUCUUCCCAGGAAAAGACUAAUACUUCAGUUGGAAGCCUCUGAAUUAAUGCAUGUAGGCACGUGCAUCUGAUCGAAGGUCUGUGGAAGCUUUGGAGUUCCCAAGGACGCUAGUCUGUGGGAGAGGAGGUAGACGAACUUAAAGCGGUACUGUCAUGCCGAAUCUCGUUUUUUUUUUUUAACCCCCCUCCCGCCUCCACUACAUCCAAUUGACCCACUAGUCACCCCCAAAUGCCCCUAAGCCCCCCACAUUACCUAUUUUGUAAUCCUUAUUUUCUGCCCCGAUCUUGAUUCAGGGCGCCGCCAUCUUUGUGUGGGUAGGUGAAGUCCCUGUGGGACACGUCAUCAGCCCACACUAGAUAGACUGUGAGAUUCCCGCACAUGCCCAGUGAAACACCUGGACAUGCGAACGGGAAUUUCAGCUAUUCAUUCAUUCAUCAGACAGACGAAUGAAUAGAAAGAUCAGCCGAACAAACAAACACAAUGUAUCAGUGUUAGUUUGUUCGUUCAGUUUAUUACAAGGAGGGAGCUACCAGCGUGCAGCUCCCUCCUUGUAAUAUGUAAAGAUAGAAGCGGCAGGGAGUAGUGCUCCCCGUCACUUCAUAAACCCCCCCCAGGCUAUACCGCGAGUAGGGGCAUGUCUACUAAACAGUGAGCAGCCUGUGGCUGCUCACUGUUGAAAAAAAAUGACAUAAAUUACAAUAAGGGGGGCGGACCUAUUGUCCUCCCCCACCCUGAGCGGCGGGUGGGGGCCAUGAAGAUAAUGGGGGGGGACCUACUGUCCCUCCCCGGCCCCACCCCUGAGCGGUGGGUGGGGGCCCUAAUAAAAUAUGGGGGGUACCUGGCCCCCACCCCUGCGCGGUGGGUGGGGGCCCUAAUAAAACAAUAAGGGGGGGGGACCUACUGUCCUCCCCUGGCCCCCACCCCUGAGCGGUGGGUGGGGGCCCUAAUAAAACAAUAAGGGGGGGGACCUACUGUCCUGGCCCCCACCCCUGAGCGGUGGGUGGGGGCCCUAAUAAAACAAUAAGGGGGGGACCUACUGUCCUCCCCCCCGGCCCCCACCCCUGAGCGGUGGGUGGGGGCCCUAAAUAAAGAUAUGGGGGGGAACUUCUGGCCCCCACCCCUGCGCGGUGGGUGGGGGCCCUAAUAAAACAAUAAGGGGGACAAUAAGUGGGUGGGGCCCUAAUAAAACAAUAGGGGGGGACCUACUGUCCUCCCCCCCGGCCCCCACCCCUUGCGCGGUGGGUGGGGGGCUCUAAUAAAAAAAUGGGGACCUGCCCCUGGCCCUGGCGGUGGGUGGGGGCUGAUAAGGGGGUGACCUACUGUCCUCCCCGACCCCCUGGCGGGUGGGUGGGGGCCCCAUAAAACAAUAAGGGGGGGGACCUACUGUCCUCCCCCCCUGGCCCCCACCCCUGAGCGGUGGGUGGGGGCCCUAAUAAAACAAUAAGGGGGGGGACCUACUGUCCUCCCCCCCUGGCCCCCACCCCUGAGCGGUGGGUGGGGGCCCUAAAUGAAACACCCCCCCCUCCCCAAUCAAAGUGACUAGGGGUCCCAAGCCCCUAGUCACCCCUCCCCCCCACCCCCCACCCAAAAAAAACCUAUCCCCUACCUACCCCCCUCACCCUAAAAAUAGUGAGGGGGGAAUAAAAUAACUAACCUGUAAAAAAAAAAAAAAAAAUUUAACUUACCAUUUGACAUCAUCUUUUUUUCUAAAAUCUUCUUUCUUCAGCCCCCCAAAAGGCCAAAUAAAAAUCCAUUAUACCCGUCGCACUUUAAAAAAAAAAAAACGAGCACAAAAAAAAAUUAAUCCAUGUUCGCCCUUCGAGGGCACGCCGCGGACUGAGCUCCACAGGGUGGGACAAGGCUUAUAAAGCCUUGCCCCGCCCUGCAAUUAGGCUUAGAACACUCUGAUUGGUGGGUUUAAGCCCAUCAGAGUGCUCUGAGUCAUUUUACGCAGCGUGGGAAAAUUCAAAAUAACUUUCCCAUGCUGUGUAAAAUGACACAGAGCAUUCUGAUUGGCUUAAACCCAGAGUGCUCUGUGUCAUUUUACACAGCGUGGGAAAGUUCUUUUGAAUUUUCCCACGCUGUGUAAAAUGACUCAGAGCACACUGAUUGGCUUAAACCCACCAAUCAGAGUGUUCUAAGCCUAAUUGCAGGGCGGGGCAAGGCUUUAUAAGCCUUGACCCGCCCUGCGGAGCUCAGUACGCGGCGUGCCCUCGAAGGGCGAACAUGGAUUAAUUUUUUUUGGCGCUUGUUUUUUUUUUUUAAAGUGCGACGGGUAUAAUGGAUUUUUAUUUGGCCUUUUUGGGGGCUGAAGAAAGAAGAUUUUAGAAAAAAGAAGACGUCAAAUGGUAAGUUUAAUUUUUUUUUUUUUACAGGUUAGUUAUUUUAUUCCCCCCUCACUAUUUGUAGGGUGAGGGGGUAGGUAGGGGAUAGGUUUUUUUGGGUGGGGGGUUGGUGACUAGGGGCUUGGGACCCCUAGUCACCUUGAUUGGGGGGGUGUUUCAUUUAGGGCCCCAACCCACCGCUCAGGGGUGGGGGCCAGGGGGGGGAGGACAGUAGGUCCCCCCCCCUUAUUGUUUUAUUAGGGCCCCCACCCACCGCUCAGGGGUGGGGGCCAGGGGGGAGGACAGUAGGUCCCCCCCCUUAUUGUUUUAUUAGGGCCCCCACCCACCGCGCAGGGGUGGGGGCCGGGGGGAGGACAGUAGGUCCCCCCUUAUUGUUUUAUUAGGGCCCCCACCCACCGCGCAGGGGUGGGGGCCGGGGGGGGACAGAAGUUCCCCCCAUAUCUUUAUUUAGGGCCCCCACCCACCGCUCAGGGGUGGGGGCCGGGGGGGAGUACAGUAGGUCCCCCCCCUUAUUGUUUUAUUAGGGCCCCCACCCACCACGCAGGUAUAGCGGGUAGGGGCAUUUAAUUUACUAAUACUAAGUAAUUUUUACUUAGUAUUAGUAAAGUUGGCUAAAAGACCAAUUUAGGUCUUUCAGCCUUUUAGUAGAUAACUCCCUGAUACCGUGGGAAUUAGGGAGUUAUCUACUAAGCGGCUGCAAGAUGCAGCCGCGGCAAUGAAUAGGAUCGGAGUUUCAUUCAUUAGAAUGAAAUUCCGAUCCGAAUAAAGUGCCGAAUUGCGUUCUAAAAGAAACAAACAUACUGUUCUCAUUCAGUUAGAACGCAAUUCGGCAGUUUCGUCUAAAAUGACAGGAAGCAUCGUGGGAACACAGAGGGAAGGUGAGAAUCAUGGGAAAAUUGCUCUGACCAGCGGAAAUGAAGCACACUUUGCUCCUCCGCUGGUCAGAGCUGGUCAAGCGGAGGAAUCCUCCAUAAGGCAAAGAGUCCCUACUUUGUCUUAUGAUUUUAAAGAAAACUAAAGACAGGAAGAAAAGAAGAACAGAUCCUGACAGAGGGGGAGAAGAGGAAGAGAUUGAGGAAAGGUAAGUUCGGCAUGACAGUGCCGCUUUAAGUAGAGCGUGCCUGCCACUUCUGUUUGUUCAUGGGAACUAACAGAAGGAGAAGGCAAAUCUCACUGGCUGUCUGAAAGCCAGAAGAUUGUUCCCUUGUUCAAUUAUAAAUAUGCUGAUUUCUCAUAGAAAUCGGCACUUUUAUAAACUGGUGUUAAAAUAGCAUACUCCUUACCUAUAAAGCACUUCUGCAAGCUGAAGUGCCGUUUGGGUGAAGAGUGGUCCUUUAAUACUGUCAUUGUUUCUGAAAUUGUGCAGGUUGUCUAUGCACAUUUAAACUAGUUUGCACCAUUUCAUUGUUAUCUUGUUACUUAUAUUGUGUUUAUUUUUAAUUUUUUUUUUUAGGUAGAAGAAAGGUUCAAGCAAUUGCUGAAGUUGUUCAAAAAGAGCAAACACACCAAAAGCUGAGAAGUGUCAAAGUAUAUACUCUUUUUUACAGUUUCAUCUCUUUGGACCAGAUCUAAAAUAGCGAGUCGAAUCUACAUUUUCACCUUUUCUAAAAUCACUAGUUGUAAUGUAUAUAUCACAUCAAUGGUCUCAUGAGUAUUUCUAUGUUUACCCUCUUUUUGUUUUCUUUGAACGUUUACAUUUUUUUUUUUGUUUAGUUUUUUUUUUUUAGGUUAAAACGUACUUCUCAGUCAUAUAUCAGUCAAAUAGAUUAAUAACCUGGUUACACAAGUUUUAGCUAUUGAAGGAUGAAUAUUCUUCUUUUUUAAACUGUAGCUAUAGUGGAGUCUCUUUAAUUUGUGCCUUGGGUUGGGUUUCUUGUUGCAAUAAACAUUAAAACUUAUUUACCAGCAACAUAUGAAAGGCUUAAUAAAUCUAAAGGGCUUUUAGAGUGAUACUCCUCGUAAGAUCCACAGACAUGUGUAAAUAGUAGAACAAGAUAUGUUUCUUUUGUGUGUUUUUUUGUUUUACUGCUACUAGAACAAAACAUGCAAUGUGUUCUAGUAUGGCUUCUUUAAUGUAGUUAUCCUGUAAUAAAUAAACUUUUUUUUUUUUUUUUUUUCGUCAUGAUAACAGUCAGAUUAUAAAGCUUUUUUCCUUCAUUGAGUGGUAUGGAAUUGAAUACUAAAUUUAUUCAAACUAGCUAGCCAUAAAUAAAUCAAAGUUGGAGAAUUUUGCCUAUUGGCUAUUUGUGGUUUUACUUUAGCUUACUUUGUUUUCAUGUCAUUGCUGUUCAUUGUUUGGUCAGUAGUAUCUAGAGUGGGCCACAUAUAAUUGCAAAAUCACCCAUACUAAUGACAUUGCUUAUCAGUUUAAGUGUUCGGGAGCAUAGGAGUAAAUUUGUAAAAUAUGCUUAUUUAUUUUCUAAAAUGUGUCCUAAAAUUUCCACUAUUUUAUAUUUUUGUUUUUACGAUAUUACAAUAUUACAUAACGUUAUAUUAAAAUGUUGUUUAUUGGCAAAUCAAAACUAUAUGAAAGGGUUAUAUGUGUGCAAUGAGGUCUCAUUUCUCAUGAAAUUAGAAUCACAUGCCUUUUCUAAAACUUAUCAUAUAGAAAACUUUGUUUUACUGUUCUAGAAUACAACAGUGCCCAUAAAUAAGACCGUGGUAAAAUCCAUCGUAAUGUACCUGUCAAUUUAAUUUUUUUUUUUUUUUAACUAGAACUCCUCAAUUUUGGGUUAAUGCUGUUAGACAUAUGAUGUUGUAUAUAUAUAUUAUACUGUACUUGGUUAUUGGUUUUGUUCAGAAGUGUCUAGUCCACAUUUGGUUGCCAUUUGGUAUUUCAUCUGUGUUUUGGACCUAUAAAUACCCCUUAUUACUUACUGGUUGCUCUUUAGCAAAUAGAAUUUGUAGAUACAUGAUGGAUCCAUUCUAGCCAUCUUUUUCCUACAUCUGGAAGUACCAUCACAUUUCCUACUUUUAACUCUGGCUCUGCUUUAUACUAUCUUUUACUUAAGCUAAAUAUUAGUAUUACAAAUGUGAAAGUGCUAUGCAUAAUUCAAGGGUAAUGUGGAAAUGUGCCUUGUGCCCUGCUGUCUCUCCUAUUCUUUAAGUGUGGAUGCUUUUAAUUAUAGGCAGUCAAGUUUAUCAAAGGCACAUUAUUUGUAAAAUUACUGAAUUUUUGCCAUCUUCUAGUAUAACGUUGUCCAAUGCUUAAAUAUCUAAAGCAUCAUGAUUUUUCAUAGCCUAGAUUGGGGUGGUUGAAGAUGGGCUACAGUACAAAUUGUGAACUUUACAAACAGAGGAGACCUUGUCUUAGAAACCCAGCGAAGGAUGCAUUAAAUUCACCUGCUUCUGAUUUAGGUAAAAUUCUGAAACCAAAUAGAACAAAUGUGACCUGUUAUUUGUUUUAGAAAUCUGGACAGCAUGCAUGUUCUUUUUCACAUUGCUGUAAUGUUUAACUAAUAUUCUUUAAAAUAUUUUAAAUGUUUGUAAGCCUUUGUCUAUAUAAUAACAGAAGUGGUCUUACAUCUAAUGCAUCUUUAAAGAGACUUUUUGGGUGUUGUGUAUAAAGAAUAAUUAUGUGAUAAAGUUCUAAAAGUGUUGUAAGUCACCUUGAAAACCAAUAGACUGCUCCUUCUGACUGCACCACUUUUAGAAUUUUGAGCCAGAGUUACUCUUACAUAACCCUAUAUAAUUCAGGCAGAUUGUAUGUUUAUAACAUGGUGAUGCUUUCUCUUUAUGAUUUUGCUACGUAAUAUAUAAUUUACAUACAUGAUCCAUUUUGUGCGUGAGGUUACUGGUACUGCUCUACGCCCACUCAUUUUACAAAAAACUCUGCAAGCAGACAGUUAUUUCCACAUAGACUGUGCCUGAUAGAUUCUGAUUUCUGUGUCUGAUAUAUCUAUUUAUACACACAUCUUAGCAAAGAGUAUCUUAAUAGAGUAACAUGUUGAAGACUCUGUCAACAGUAUGUAGUGCAUACAUGGUCCUAUUACCUGAAAUUUAGAAAACCUCUCAUCUUCCCUAUAUUUUUUUCCCAUUCAUGGUUCCCUAAAAUUUCUUUGUCUAAUAUAUAUAUAUAUAACUUUAUUUAAUAUUUAUUUAUUCCCAGUAUAUACUUCACAUGCCUGCAGUACAUUUACUGGUCUUGCAAUAUGCAGAAACAAUUUAAACAUAUUCUCCUUUUCCCAGACUAAAUCUUUGAUAUGCCACGCAGCUCUUUGACUUGAUUUUGAACAUUCAGUUAAUGUGUAAAUAUGAAUUUCUCUUGUAUUAAUGUAAAUUGCUGUACAAAGUCUUUCCUGAAAACAUUUUGUAUGUACAUAAUGCCACAAAAUUACAUUUUUAGGCUGUAAAAAUAUUUGAGGGAUUUAUUUUGUAUAAAUAUAAUGUUUGCAUACAAUAGAAUAAUGUAAAACAAGAAACCUCAUAAAAAUGUUUGCG